AUGAAAGACAUGUCCAAGAAGAUCUUUGAAAAAGAGAAUUAAGCUGAGGUCUCCAAUAACCCUAGGCAUUAGAAUAAAUCACUAACCCAAUUGGUUUCACUAUCCUUGAUUGGUGGAAAUAGAAAAAAUGACUUGAAAGCUCUAGAACUUAAAAACAAUUACACCUCUAUUUCCUCUCAUCCCCUCGUGUUCUGUAAACCAGAAACUAAACUAAAAACCCAAACCACUUCCUCUCCAUAAAAAUAAUCCCCUGUAAAGCCCAAAUAAGUGGAAACACAAUCAAAUGAGUUGUGUAAGUUGAUCAACAACUAUUCAGAACCCAUUCUAGAUUAUUAUUUGGAAUUGAACACUCUAACACCAAAGAAUUGCUUAUCCAAUCACACAGUAAGUGCAAAUCUGAGAGCAAAGAUGAUUGAUUGGAUGGUUGAAGUACUCACUUCAUAUAAGUGCAAAGAUUAAACCUUCUUUUUAGCUGUCAAAUUGAUGGACUCCUAUCUAUCUAAAACAACUUAAAAGCAUAUCCCUCAAGAUUUACAUUUAGUUGGUGUGACUACUAUGUUUAUGGCUUGUAAAUUCGAGGAAAUCUAUCCAGUGAAAUUAUAAAUUGUACACGAGAAGAUUGCACACAAGAAACUAACCAAGGAUGAAAUUAAAGACAAAGAAACCAAUAUUCUAAGCACUCUAGACUUUAAUUUAGUUGGCAUUACUGUACUAGAUGUCAUUACAAUUGUACUCUCCAUAUUGAAUAUGAAUCAAUAGUUAUAUUAAAUAACACUGUAUCUUGCUAAAUUAGCACUUUAUGACUAUGAAUUUGUCAACAGUCACACUUAUGCUCAAAUUGCCUGUGCUGCUUUGAUUGUGAGCUCUAAGAUUGUAGAGCAAAUUGAUUAAUCGCUUUCAUCCGAGGUAGUAAUACCAUUGAUAGUUUCAACUUUGAAAAUGGACAACGCUGAUGCCAUGGAAUCAGCCAAUAAAUUAUUGAGUGUAGCCAAAGGAUUUGAAAAGCAGUAUCCGAAUCUGGAAAAUUUAAAGAAAUUUAGUAAAUUUCAAAUGUCAGAUAUUUUAAAAACCUAACCUUGA